UGUAGGCUGUCCUGGGCUGUGAAGAGCUUAUGAAUGCCUAUGAAUUGUUACAGUCAAAGCCAAAAAUUUUGAAGAUAAAUUGAUGAUUUUUGGAUAUUUCAUGGUCAUGUAUUGAGACUAGACAAAUUAUUGUGAACUUGUAGAGAUUUUGGCUAAGAAUAGUUUAUUGAUUCAUCAUCAAACCCAUUCUGCAUGUUCUGGAAAUUGUAAGAGAUUGUGAGUGAAGGACUCUUCUACAAGUUGUCAGGCCUGUUUUUAAAUCAGUAAUGAAAUGGCUUCAGUAAAAGCUGAAACCAACUUUUUUAAAUUAGACCUAGAUUGUAUCUUCCGAGAAAUUGAUGAUGACCAGCAAGCCAUUGCUGAUUUGCAAGCUGCUGCUUGUGGCAAAUUGCAUGAGCGCUGUCAAGAAUUUGUAAUUAUGAAUAAAAAAUACAGAGAUCAGGAAGUUGCACUAGAAAAGAAUAUAGAGAGAUUGCAGCGCGAGUUCCAAGCAGCAUGCGGAGACAAUCAACGCAACCAGCACAAGGCUGCCCUGCUCUCCUCUGAACUUGCCAGCAUACAACUUGCAUUGAAAGAAGAGGAGAACAAGAAGGCAAGAAAGGAGCAAUGCCUGGCAGAAGCUUUAAGUGAAGUUGCGGAGAAGCAGCGAAUAUUAGAUGAUAUCACAACAGAGAACAAGGACCGUGAGGCCACAGCUGGGCUUGGUGUGCAUCUGUUUGAGCAACACUUGGGUCUGAGCAUCUGCAAGCUGUCCUCCACCAACACCACUGUCUUCUCCUUCACGAAGGUGCAGAGAGCUGACCCAAGUCGCGUGUUCAAGGUGUCUGUGACGCUGAAAAAUAAGCUAUACGAGGUUACUACAGAUCCUCAAAUUCCGGACCUGCCGAGGUUGCAGCAGCGGCUGAACGAGACCAAUAACCUCCUAGGCUUUCUCGGAAAGGUUCGGAAGAUUUUCAAGAAGAUGGAGUAACGAAUAAUUGUUCAUUCACGAUUGAGUCUGUUGACUAUAACCUCUGUUCCCAAAGGGGAAACCUAAUACUAUAUAAUGUUAAGGACUGAAAGGCAUGGUUCAUGCUUGACUAAGUUGUAUUCAGGCUUCUAGAAAUAACAACAUUCAGUUUGUCGAAUUCAAUGUUUUUCUGCAAAAAUCGAUUCAUUUACUUAGGUCAUCGGCAUCCUUAACUGAUGUCCGGUCAUUUUUUGACGAAAGAAUAAUAAUUAAGCUUUUCUCUGACAUGUGCAAGACGUUCGCUAAGCAAAGGUUUAGGUUUUUAUGUCUUGAAUGCCUAUAUAUGUAUCUUUUUGUAUAGUAUGUCUCUUAUUAUAUUACCGUAUUAUAUAUAUGUCUCUAUAUAUGCAAUGAGUGUAAAAAGUUCAUAUGACUGUAGGCUACCAUUUCUAAAUCGAAUAUAGUUCGUUUUGAAAUCACAUGUACAUUUAUAUCUUGAUAGAUCAGCUGUAGUGAAUCCUAUUAUUACGCUGUUUAAUGAAAUUUGGAACUGCUUCACGCUGCCUUAACCCAAUUUUAAACGUCGCCCAAUAAACCCUUCAUUCAUC